CGGUAAUAGAAUUAUUUUCCCUUGCCCUCGGGAAUUGAUUUCUAGACGCUGUUCAGUAUUGCGUGCAAUGUCCAAUCGGUGAGAACUCGUGCAGAUACUCGAAGAAAAUGGAGGACGAUCAGCGGAUUGAACGAAAAAACAGCGAGACUGCGAUCAAAACGAUGAGCCUGCUCGGCUUGACCUUCCGAUCGCUGGCCAUCGGCGACAGCGAGCCACGACCGGACGAUUUCCUCGACUUGGAGAACCGAGACAGCGACGAGCCUUCCAAACAGUCGAGAAGAAACGCGAAACAAGCGUCGAGGGAAGACGCGAGAUCGUCCAACAAAUCCAGGGACGAAAUAAAACGGCUGAGGGUGAUCAACUUGGACGAAGUGGCGUGGCACGACACCAUCGACAGUUGUUGGGUCGUGAUCCACGAUUUCGUCUACGAUUGCACGGAAUUGUUGAAGAAUCAUCCUGGAGGGUACGACGUGAUCCUCGAGUACGCUGGCAGAGACGCGACUUUGGCCUUCAUUGGCACUGGACACUCUUCCUCGGCGAGGGAGAGCUUGGAGAAGUACCUGAUCGGCGAGCUUCCCUUCGAGGAAAGAAUCUUCCGCGUCCCAAACGGCAUCAAACUGGUUGGAUCGUAGCUCCGAAUUAUUCGCAAACGUUCGACCAGGAUCUCGCGGAUGUUGCUGAAGAAUCUUCGAUCUUCGAAUUUCGAAACGAUCGAGGAACGAAUCUUUCACAUCUUGGUUCGCCAACAUGACAGACGGUGGUUUUGGAAAAAAACGAAACCCGACUAGAUGUGAAUUUUGUCUUACGGAUUGUGAGAGUUUUUUUUUGGAAUUUUCAACUAUUGUACGAUCAGACAGCUCGAGAUGUUUUUCGUUUUGUCCGUGUUUACUAUUUACCCUUUUAUGCAUCGCGCGAGUAAAUGUGUAUGUUGCGCGUGAGUGUGUUCAGCUCUUUAUCACACGGCGAUAGAACGUUGAAUGUUUAUGGAAUUUGUUUUUCCUAGAUUGAUGAGAGAACGUAACGCGUUUGCUUGACACAGAUUACCAUUUUUGUGCAGUCAAAAGUAGCUGUUUAUUAUUCGAAAUUAAUAUCUCAAAUUAAUAUCUCAUCGAACAAUCCAGAAAACUUGUCAAAUAUAGCGAAUUUAUUUUUCAUAUUGUAAGAUUUAAAAAUUACACUUCUUAUAAUUUGAAACAUCGUAGAUAUUAACAUUGUUAGACCAAGUUAUUAGUAUUAAGCUAUUAACUAAAUUAUUUAAUUAACUAAACUAUUAACUAAAUUAUUUAAUUAAGUUAAACUAGUAUAAUGACUAAACUACUAGAGAAACUACUUCAAGAAACGUUUCUUCCAAAUAUUUCUCUCAUAUUCUUCGUUUAAUAUUAAUUUGUUUUCAAUAUCAACUUUGGAGGACUUUUUUACUAUCGUAUAGAAUAUAAUAUGCGGAGAGUUAAACUGUCUUCAAACACGUGCCAGUAAUAAAAUAAAAUAGAAAUUCGCCCAGUGCUCUUUCUUGAUUUUAUAUUUUCCCCCUGUCGACCAAAUAAUUUCGAAUUGAUUUGUGUACGUGUAUUAUUUAUUCGAAUAGGAUCAAGUAGAAACGGUGCGCACCAAUCAGACAAAUAUCGAUUUUCUUCUCUCUGUUUGCUUUCUUUUCUUUUUCAUCUUUUUAAAACAAAACAAAAAUAUUGCUAUCGUAGAAAUUGAACGAUAACUACUACACGAGUCAGAGAAAUAUUCAACGUGUCGUCGAGUGCGAUCUGAUAAUGUGAAAAUAUAUAAACAUAAUAUAACGACUCGUUAACAUAAAAAUACACGAACAUGAAUUUUCUCGAGAGGAAGUUCUAUGAAAAUACGAAAGCAAAAGGGGAAACCUGUUAGAUGCGAAUUGACCAAGUUUUGCUAUAAUCAAAAACAUUAAUUAACGAGGAAUAUUUUUUAAUGUCUUUCAAUAUUUUUUUAAAUCUCGAAGAGAGUGGAAAGUACGUAGCCUCGAAAUUAACUAGAAGAGUAACUUCAAUAAUUAAUUGGCAACAAUUUCCCUGUAUAAUUUUC